CCGCGUUGUAAUCCUACCUGAGGAGGUGAGAGAGCAGCAGUUACAUCCGUUGAACAGGCGGUCAGUGAAAAACAGUCAGAACUGUUAAAACAGUUUGGACCGUCAGAAAAGAGAUGCACGACACACAUCCAGCACCGAGGAUGCGAGGACAUUAAAGGGGAAGUGACUCUGAAAUGAACACAGUGAAACCUAUGAGAGGGAAAGCCGCCAGCAGCAGCAGCUGCAGCAGCGCUGAGAUCAGCUGAUGAGCAGCUGACCGUCAUCUGACAGUCAGCUGAUCGCUGCUGUCAGAUCCUGUAGCUGGCUCUGUUUCAGUCGCCUCAUCUCCUCUGCUCCUGUUCGCCCAAGAAGAUGGUUUCGAAACCCUGUCAUUUAGUGAACUUCCCGGUUGGCUUAACGUAUCAAUGCAACUGGGAUAUUUUAUUUUUGGAACAUUCAUCUAAGGAGUUACUCCUCCUCAUCAAAGAUAAUCUACUUUGACAGGAAUAUUUUGAACUGCAAUAAAGUUAAGGUUUUGAUUGAGACCAUUAAUGUACCUAAUGACUUUGUGAUGUACAGAUUCACAAACCUUUUACGCACCUGGGCACAUGAGAAGUGUAAACUCUAUAUAAAUGAAUACUGGGCGGGUGUUUGUGCACAAAGCAUCCCAUUGUGUCCAUAGAUGAUUUUGAAUUGUCGUUAGAUUACCGUCACUGUGUUGGUGAUGCUUUGCAGCGACUGGUGGAACCUCGCCCCGCACGAUGAAUGUGAGGAAAGUGGAGAAGACCGUUGUGAGCGUGGAGCAGGCAGAGGGAGUCGGUGCUCGCGUCCGCAGGAGCAUCGGCAGGAAGGAGUUGAGGAACCUGGAUCCCUUCCUGAUGUUGGAUGAGUUCCGAGUGAGCAAGCCCUCAGGUUUUCCAGAUCAUCCUCACAGAGGAUUUGAGACCGUAACAUAUGUUAUAGAGGGGAUCACAGCCCAUGAAGACUUCUGUGGCCAUUCUGGACGACUGAAACCGGGAGAUCUGCAGUGGAUGACGGCAGGACGGGGGGUGGUCCAUGCCGAAAUGCCUGUGUCAGAGGAGCCGGUGGUGGGCCUGCAGCUGUGGGUGAACCUGCCGAGGCGAGACAAGAUGGUGGAGCCAGCGUACCAAGAGCUUAAAGGCUCGGAGAUCCCCAAACCGAGCCAGGGAGGAGUCACCGUCGCUGUUAUAUCUGGGGAGGCGUUAGGAGCAAAGUCUAAGGUCUACACAAGGACACCAACCAUGUACCUGGACUUCAGGCUGCAGUCGGGGGCCCUGCAUGUGCAGCCAGUCCCCUCAGGAUGGACCACAUUCAUCUACACAUUAUCAGGAUCCAUUCACGUUGGCCCAGAUCAGGAGCAGCAGGCGGUGGAGCCCCAUCACACGGUGGUGUUCGGGGAUGGAGACUGUGUCAAGGUUGAGAACAAGGGCUCUGAAGUUUCUCACUUUGUGCUGAUCGCUGGAGAACCACUCAAAGAGCCUGUGGUGCAACACGGUCCAUUUGUAAUGACCACAGAGGAAGAGAUCACACAGGCUGUCAAGGACUACCAGAGUGGCUCAAAUGGCUUUGAAAGGGCCAGGAACUGGAGAUCCAAGAUCAGAGAUUCUUUCUAGACCGGCCUCGGGGGAAGCUUCGGCCUCUGGGUGCUCUUACAGCUUGAUGUGGUGGGCGAGACACUUCAUACAAACAAAAAAAAUAUCAUGACAGCUUUUCCAUUUUUUUCCGGCGAUAAAAGAAAAUAACAUAAAGCGGCAGACUAACGUGUCCUUCAGGGUUUUCAAAGCAGUCAUGUGUCGUCGCUGACGGGCGUCAUGGCGAUGAAAAGAAGUAGUAGAUGCAGGAUAUUGUGCUCUUUAAGAGAAAUGAACAACAAAAAAAAAACGCUUCCUCUUUUGAAAGAGAACCCAGAGUGCCUAGUUUUGCGGUCAGCUGGAAACAUGCAGUCGAAAAAAACUGGAUGAGUUACAAGGACAAAUGCUCUCGGAUAAAGUCGACGCUCUUCAGCAGAUUUCCUGUGCCCAACAAGUGGCUUUCCCAGGACCUCAUUCUGCCAGAGACAAUGUUAGCCAGGCAAGUUCUGUGGUGAAACCUCACUCAAUAGAAUUUGUGAAGGAUCGCUUUGUUGGCGAAGCCAAAGUAAUAUUUUCCGACUCUGCAACAACGAAAGCCUGAAGAUCUGAAUAUGCUGGUGAAUGUGCAAAGAAAGGCAUUUCACGAGAGGUUUUUAAGGGAACUGACCACGUUUGCUCCACUGUGCCACAGGCAAAUGUAUUGAGGCGCACAGUAACGACGAGCUCAAAGCAGAGUACAACAACCUCCCUCUGAUUGAGUUCUGUAGACUGUGUGUACGUCCGGAGGAGACAUGUACUGAAGUUUGCGUUGUUACAGAGGUCGAUGUGAUGCGCUGUACGUGUUUUGAGAAUUCAGUAUGGCCCACGAAGGAUGCUACAGAAACUGUCACGGCCCUCGAUAGAAAAAGGUUCACCCACUUCUGUUCUAAACACUACAUGUUGCACUCUUGAAAAUGAUUGUCCGUCCUUCUUGUAGAAAUGUGUUCAUAGAAGUAUCUGUUCUAUUCUUUGCCGUCAUGUAAAUAUGGCAUAAUUCGAUUUUUGGACCGCUGAACAUCACCAAGUUCUUCUCAGAAUGCGCGCUGUAUGUGUUUACGGGACAUGUAGUACUUUUCCAGCAUCUAUUCUGACGUGUUACAGCCAAGUGCUUCACGUGGGAGUGACUGACCUGCCCCCGUUGUUCGCACGGUAGUCGCUUUACAUCACUCGCUCUUGUAAAAUAUAGAUUUGAGGGAAAAUGUGCUUUUAACUGCUCUCCACUUCCCUUGUUAAGUUGAAGUUAUACUGCGGUUUCCUUCUGCUGUUUGAAAUAAAACACGUUAGCAAAGCUGUAACAAAAUUCUGAAAGUUGCUUGUGCACAAUAUGGAGAUGAUGUAACACGCUAUAUUGUACGUCAUGUAAGUUUAAUAGCUUUGAAGGCACGCAUUUCUGUAUCACAUAAUUUGCCUAAUACAAACAUUAAAUUUUAUUUAUCCA